AUGUGUGAAAGACGUGAGCACAGAGACGCAGUGACCGGAGUAAGAAGUGAGCACAUAGACACAACUACCGGAGUUAGAAGUGAGCACAUAGACACAAUUACCGGAGUUAGAAGUGAGCACAUAGACACAACUACCGGAGUUAGAAGUGAGCACAUAGACACAAUUACCGGAGUUAGAAGUGAGCACAUAGACGCAAUUAUCGGAGUUAGAAGUGAGCACAUAGAAGCAAUUACCGGAGUUAGAAGUGAGCACAUAGACAUAACUACCGGAGUUAGAAAUGAGCACAUAGACGCAGUGACCGGAGUUAGAAGUGAGCACAUAGACGCAGUGACCGGAGUUAGAAGUGAGCACAUAGACGCAGUGACCGGAGUUAGAAAAGUGAGCACAUAUGACCCAAUUACCGGAGUUAGAAGUGGGCACAGAGACACAAUUACCGGAGUUAAAAGUGAGCACAUAGACGCAGUGACCGGAGUUAGAAGUGAGCACAUAGACACAGUGACCGGAGUUAGAAAUGAGCACAUAGACGCAGUGACCGGAGUUAGAAGUGAGCACAUAGACGCAGUGACCGGAGUUAGAAGUGAGCACAUAGAUGCAGUGACCGGAGUUAGAAGUGAGCACAAAGACGCAAUUACCGGAGUUAGAAGUGAGCACAUAGACACAACUACCGGAGUUAGAAGUGAGCGCAUAGACGCAAUUACCGGAGUUAGAAGUGGGCACAUAGACACAAUUACCGGAGUUAAAAGUGAGCACAUAGACGCAGUGACCGGAGUUAGAAGUGAGCACAUAGACACAGUGACCGGAGUUAGAAAUGAGCACAUAGACGCAGUGACCGGAGUUAGAAGUGAGCACAUAGACGCAGUGACCGGAGUUAGAAGUGAGCACAUAGAUGCAGUGACCGGAGUUAGAAGUGAGCACAAAGACGCAAUUACCGGAGUUAGAAGUGAGCACAUAGACACAACUACCGGAGUUAGAAGUGAGCGCAUAGACGCAAUUACCGGAGUUAGAAGUGAGCACAUAGACGCAAUUACCGGAGUUAGAAGUGAGCACAAAGAGGCAGUGACUGGAGUUAGAAGUGAGCACAUAGAGGCAGUGACUGAAGUCAGAAGUAAGCACAUAGAGGCAGUGACUGAAGUCAGAAGUGAGAACAUAGACUCAGUGACCGAAGUCAGAAGUGAGCACAUAGACGCAGUGACCGGAGUUAGUAGUGAGCACAAAGAGGCAGUGACCGGAGUUAGAAGUGAGCACAUAGACGCAGUGACCGAAGUUAGAAGUGAGCACAAAGAGGCAGUGACCGGAGUUAGAAGUGAGCACAUAGAGGCAGUGACUGAAGUCAGAAGUAAGCACAUAGACGCAGUGACUGAAGUCAGAAGAGAGAACAUAGACUCAGUGACCGAAGUCAGAAGUGAGCACAUAGACGCAGUGACCGGAGUUAGUAGUGAGCACAUAGACGCAGUGACCGAAGUCAGAAAAGAGCACAUAGCCGCAGUGACCGAAGUAAGAAGUGAGCACAUAGACGCAGUGACUGAAGUAAAAAAGAGUGAGGACAUAGACGCAGUGACCGAAGUCAGAAGUGAGCACAUAGACGCAGUGACUGAAGUAAGAAGUGAGCACAUAGACACAGUGUCCGAAGUCAGAAGCCAGCACAUAGACGCAGUGACCGAAGUAAGAAGUGAGCACAACGAGGCAGUGGCCGAAGUUAUAAGUGAGCACAAAGAGGCAGUGACCGAAGUAAGAAGUGAGCGCAUAGACGCAUUGACUGAAGUAAGAAGUGAACACAUAGACGCAGUGACUGAAGUAAGAAGUGAGCACAUAGACGCAGUGGGCGAAGUAAGAAGUCAGCACAUAGACGCAGUGACCGAGGUAAGAAGUGAGCACAAAGAGGCUGUUACCGAAUUUAUAAGUGAGCACAAAGAGGCAGUGACCGAAGUAAGAAUGAACGAAGUAAGAAGUGAGGACAAAGACGCAGUGACCGGAGUUAAAAGUGACGACAUAGAGACAAUCACCGAAGAUAGAAGAAAAAGCUUACAGGCAGUGACCGUUUAUAGAAUUGAGGCAGCGACCGGAGGGAAGACUGAGGACAUGGACGCAGUGAUCGGAGAUAGGAUGGAGAAUAUGGAGGCAGUGAUCGGAGAUAGGAGUGAGGACAUGGGGGGCAGUGAUCGGAGAUAG